UGACAGAGCGUGCAUUCACAAACGUGCGGAUCUCUGUCACACACCACGACAUCACGCACACGUGCAACGCAUGACAAUUGGCUGUAGUGUAAUAUAUACAGAGAGAGAGAAAUGCUCAACGCAUGCGUCUCGUCUGUGCCGAGUCGACGACGGGCGCACCGGCUCAUGCUUUAUAUUAGUUUACAUUAGGACAGGCAUAUAGACACCGCAAACGCCGUGUAAAUUGUGUUUUUUUAACGCGCUGACAAUUGCUUUCCCGGAUGAUUGUGUUGAAAGAAAAUCGUCGUGCGUCGCGUUUCACAUAAAAUUAAAUGUCAUAGAAUAAACUGGAUAAAACUAGCUGCGUCAGCAUGAACAGCAAGAGUGCAUUACUGGUGCAACGAUGGAUGCUCCAACCGCGCUUGUUACUAGUUCUCAUUUUGCUGCAAUUUAUCAUUCAGUUUUUCACAUCCGUCUAUUUAUACAAAUAUGUCACAAACGUGGAGAGCGAUCUUCGAUUGGUAAAAAGUCAGUAUCCAUCGAAGACCGUGGCACUUUCGCGGCGGAGACGCAGCAGUGCAUUGCUGACCGGUGAAGACAAUGCCGUUUCUGACAUAUCAAGCAGAAUUCGAGAGGAUAAGGAAAUACAAGGUACAAAGAAAGUAACAGCCUCCCCUAUCAUGGUAUCUGGCUCUGGCUCUUCGUCAACGGCGGCCGGAGGUCAAGACCAAAACUGGGUCUGGUUGAACGCCGACACACGAAUACAAUUCGAUGCGAUCGAGAACUUUUGCCGUUCAUCCGCAAAGUAUUGUCCACCGGGCCUUCCUGGCGCUUCCGGAAACCCAGGUCCACCCGGUGAGCCAGGUCUGCCAGGUAUCCAAGGAAUGGUAGGACCAAAAGGACCCCCUGGACAACCCGGCCAUCCUGGUAUCAGAGGACCCAAGGGCGAUAUCGGUCCACCGGGGUUCGAUGGAAGAGAUGGUAUACCGGGUGAGCCGGGCUUGGAUGGCAUUCCCGGGAGAAGUGGUUUGGAUGGUGCACCCGGGACUAAUGGUAAACCGGGUAUGAAUGGGUCGCCCGGAUUGCCUGGAAGAAAUGGAACAGACGGAAGGCCUGGCCAAAUGGGGCCUCAAGGACCACCGGGACCUCGCGGAGAUUUAGGACCGGCCGGUCGUCCCGGAAUGCCGGGAAGAGACGGUACGCCAGGUAUACAGGCUUACAAAGUGAACGUCCAUGACCACAACAUGCAUGAUAUAUUAAUACCGCCAUCCAUCGUAGAAAUCGCGUCUUCGUUGAAUGCGAGCGACAUAAUUUCCGUGCAAGAAGGCAAAAAUAUACGACUGAGAUGUGCCGCUAGUGGGAAACCGCAGCCCGUUAUACAGUGGACCAGAAUAGAUGAUUCCAUGAUUCCCAUGGGAACCUGGCAGGUGAAUUCGAUUAAGAAUCCUACCUUUAAUAUCAGCGUGGUAACCCGGGAACACAUGGGCGAUUAUGUGUGUAAUGCUAAUAAUGGAAUAACACCAGCAAGCUCCAAAAAGUUCAGACUUCAAGUCAAAUUUCCGCCGUUUAUUCGUAUACGCAACCAAGUGGUUCUCGUACGAAACCAAAAUCCGGCGACAUUGGAAUGCGAGGUGGAGGCCUUUCCCGAGCCGGUGGUACACUGGGAACGCGGCGAUGGUCGCCGCUUGAAAAUGACAGAGAAACACAGGAUGGAGGUUUAUGACAGACGAGAUAAUUAUAAGUUGAAGAUGAAGCUAAGAAUCACGAGAGUGACGUCGUCGGAUCACGGGAUUUACUAUUGUGUGGCGAGAAAUGAUCUUGACAUUACUAAGGGAUCCUUUAUAGUAGACGACGACAUAAGAGAUGUAGAGAAACUCAAGUUAGGGAAGGAGCAGCACGUUACGUAUGGUCAGCCUAUGCCCCCGAGUGUUGAUCAGGAACAAGAAUUAUGCAGUCCGCAAGAAACUUGUAGGUCGUGCCCAAAGUGCACGUAUAUAAAUAUAAUGGGCGCGCACAUUCAACCAUUGCGUGGUGUUAAUAUUACGGGACUACCGCCACGGUUAGCCGAAGGUUUGAUAGAAGCCGUGGGGAAGCCUGUGCUGAAAGGAAUCAUAGAAGACUAUAAUGGAACUUGGAUGUACGAUGCGUUCUCCCGAUAUCCUCACGAUAUCAUGUCCGAUAAACUUUAUGUAACUCGCAGUAACAUUCGCGAUGUGUCCCACAUCUACGCGUAUAAUAGUAAAUUGAAACAUUUCAAGAACGAGACGGGUUUUAAGAUACCAUUGCCUGUUCCUUUUCAGGGUAACGGACAUGUAGUUUACAACAAGUCGUUUUUUUACAAUCCUCAAAGUCAAUCGAGCAUCCUUCGAUUCGAUCUCUCCUCGGAAUCCGAAUGCAGCCAAAAUAUCAGCAAAUGCGAGUUGCAGCUACCGGGCUUGGUGAUCAAUACUAAGAAUUUUCUCUACACGCACAAUUUCACCUAUGUGGAUUUGAACGUAGAUGAAAAUGGUUUGUGGGUGAUUUAUGGAUUACCGUCCAAUAAUACGGCAGUGGUGAAAAUAAACCCCACGAAUAUGACUAUUCAGUACGCGUGGAACAUCAGUAUCGAUCAUCAUAGAUUCGGAGAGAUGUUUAUCGCGGGAGGGGUGCUUUAUACUAUACACAGUGUCACUGAAGAAACUAUGAAGAUACGAUUCGCCUUCGAUCUCUAUCGAAAUACAAUGCGAGACGUGUCAUUAUCGUUCACGAACCCGUACUUGAAGACCACAGCGGUUAGCUACAAUCAUAAAACCAAGGAGCUCUAUACAUGGAACAAAGGCAACCAAUUAGCCUACCCCGUGAAGUAUCGCGAUGAAUUGGGAGGAGGAGGUAAUUGAAGGCAAUUUUCUUCAAUAUCGCCAUUAAUUAGUUUUAACAUAUAAGAUCUUUUCCUCUUCACGAUACUCUUUAGAGCGCUCUAUUUAUCUUGUAUACAUGCUGGAAAUAACAAUAAACAAGAUCAAUAAAUGUGCGUAAUUAUUGCUAAUUUAGUUUAUCGUAUGCGUAAAUUCAUUUUAAUGAAGAAUCGCUAAGUCUAUAUUUUUAUUUAUA